AUGGCGGACUCAGACUACGUCCCAAGAGGCUUCCACUGGGCCGAUUAUGUCAUCUUCGGUGCAACAAUCGUAAUGUCGUCUGCUAUCGGCGUGUUCUUCGCUUGCUCGGGCGGGAAACAGAAAACGACCGCUGAAUACCUCCUCGGGAAUCGGAAACAGAAAGUAGGCCCGGUUGCCAUGUCACUGAUUGUAUCUUUCGAAUCGUCCAUUAUGAUGUUAGGCUUUCCAGCAGAAAUGUACGCAUACGGCACACACUACUGGAUGGGUCUCAUUGGGUAUUUCUUCUGUUGUCUCAUCAUCUCCCAGACGUUUGUUCCCCUUCUUCAUCCAUUGAAACUAACCAGUUCAUAUGAGUAUCUUGAUAUGAGGUUCAACUCCCGUCCUGUCAGACUUGUAGCCUCCGUUCUAGGUGUUAUAAAUUAUUCAUGGUAUAUGGGGAUUGUUUUGUUUGGUCCGGCUACAGCAUUGGAAGCAGUGACGGGUUUUCCGAUCGUCUACUCUGUGAUACUCGUCACCAUUGCAGCUGUAUUUUACACCACCAUCGGAGGGAUAAAAGCUGUGAUAUGGUCAGAUGCUCUACAAUUCAUCAUUAUGCUGAUGGGCAUAAUGGCCGUCGUCAUAGCGGGUAUAAUUGCUGUUGGUGGAGUGGGAUCUUUUCUUCAUUAUCUGGAGAAAGGUGGCCGGAUAAAAUUAUACGAUUUCAAUCCUGAUCCGCGCACGAGGCACACCUUCUGGAACCUCAUUGUAGGAGGCUCCAUACGGGCGCUUGGGCUGGGAAUAAACCAAUCGUCUGUUCAGCGUAUCUCAUCUAUGAAGACAUUGACCGGAGCUAAAGUGGUGAUGUUGUUGACGUUUCCUGGGUUCUUCUUGUUCUCUUCUUUGGCGUACUUAGAGGGACUCAUCGCCUACUCGUAUUUCGCCCACACCCACUGCGAUCCCCUCGGGGCCAAACUAGUGACUAACCCAAAUCAGAUUCUGCCUUACUUUGUGAUGGAAUUGUUUAGAAAACAGCCGGGUUUGCCGGGACUUUUCUUAGCGUCAUUGUUCAGCGCGUCUCUAAGCACACUUUCUUCCGGAUUCAGCGCCAUGUCUGCCAUUCUCUGGAGCGACUUUCUAAAACCUUGCUUUCCUAAGGUCUCCGAGCUGACAGCGACGCUGAUAACAAAAAGCACAGUGCUAUUUCUGGGCUGUCUGGCUAUUGGAAUAGCAUUCCUUGUCAUGCAGAUUGGAGGGCCUUUAAAUCAGAUUUCUGGGACAAUUCUUGGAUCGAUGGGUGGACCACUAACUGGCCUCUUUGUCCUCGGAGCACUUUUCCCAUCAGCAACAGCUAAGGUCGUUCUUUUGUCGUUGUUGUUGUUGUUACAACCAGAUAAUUUGGAAGAAUAUUUUAGUUGUACGGUGGCGGGAGCCAUCUCCGGGUCCAUUGGUGCUUUCGCUUUGGUUUUCUGGAUUGCUAUGGGUUCCAGUUUUUCACCGCUGACUGUCAAGACCCCAUACCUUCCUGCUGCGCCGAUUGACCAAUGUCCCGGUUAUAACAACUCUGCAGGCAAUCUAACAAUGGCUGCCUGGAAUGCCAGCGACUAUAUGUCCACGGGAGUGCCCGUAGCGGAGAAUGACAUAUCCGUGGAACUGCCUGAAAAGAUAUACAGGGAAUACUCAGGCAUUGACUCCUUCCUGUCCUACCUUUACUCACUCUCCUACAUGUGGUACUCUCUAAUAGGGAUGAUUUUGACAGUGGCGUUUGGUCUGAUUGUUAGCCAUGCAACAGGUGCCAACCCGCCAGGAACAAUUGAUCCGAAGUAUAUCAUACCAAUAUUCGACCAGCUUUUCUGCUAUUUACCAAGUUCUGUCCGGGAUAAACUUCGAUACGGCAAAGACUUUAUACCAAAAGAUGAGGACGUGAAGGAAGAGGAGUUGAUUAAAGUCACUGAUGACGGAGAUAUGUAUCUUAUAGUGGAGCCCGAGCCGGUCGUGGAAACAGACUUACCUAACGACACCAAAUCCUUAGUGGAUGAACAGAGAUCUGCACUCCUGGAGCAAAGGAUUAUUAAUGGCAAAAUAGAAUAA